CCUUACAAUUCACAUUGCAUUUUAAUCAGAGCUGCACAACUGUGAAGACUCAGCAACUGAACUGCCAAGAUGACCAAUGUGGAGGUGAAAAACAUGGCCUUCAAGCCAGAAAUGGAACUGUGGGUCAAAGGUGUCCCCAGUAAGACUUCACGUAGAUUCUCCAUCAAUGUGGGCACAGACGAAAAAAACAUUGCGCUGUACUUUAGCGUGCACUUCAACGAUUCAGCUUACCAAAACGUCAUCAUCAUGAAUUACGUCAAGGCUGGCGUCCAGGGUGAAGAAGUGAGAGUGACAGACUUCCCUUUCCAUCCAGAUAAGGAGUUUGAGGUGACCAUUACCUUCGACGACAAAUUUCACAUUAAACUGCCAGGUGACCAAAUGGUGAUAUUCCCCGACAAUCUGGCUGCCACGCCAUAUAAUAAAAUUUGGGUUGACGGAGAGGUCAAGGUCCGUGGCAUAAGUAUAAAAUAAAGACCAACCAGGAGGUGCGGAACAUCCCCUUUCUGGCUCCUGAUUGGCUGUUCUGCUUCGGCUUCCCGCCACCUUCCUACAGCUGCGCUAUGGCUGCACUUUGUCCCUCCCAGACAUCAGUGCCUUUAAUCUUGUGCUUCUCUGCAACAUUUAACAGACCCCCUCUGGCAUCUGUCCAAACUCACGGAGUGUGAGAAUCAGUACAGCUUCAAUAAUAAAUCUCUAUCAUGAGCAAAUCUCA